ACAUCUGCACCAAAAAUCUUGGGCAGGUGAAAGCCAAAAAAAGAACUCACAUACUGCAAGGUUCCAAUAUGCAGUCAAUGUGUUUGCUUCAGGAAGGCAGUUGUACCUUUUCAAGCAAGAAAGCUGUCACACAAGUUUACAGGCACCAUCUUAAAUGUCAUGUGAUGUAGGUCACGUGAUGGGCCGUGCACUGCGAACAAACUGUGUAAACAAGCAAGACAUAAUAUAAUCCUAUGCAAGACAAAAGUUAUUAUAAAGUGCUGAAAAACUUUAUAAAGCUGGAAAAAUAGUGGCGGUGAAGAGCAACUUGAGUUGAACACAUCUGCAAAAUCACACCAACAGAACAAAUGGAAAACCAUAACAGACAUUGCCAGGCUUGCUUUUUACUGUGAAUUAUAAAACCUUUGCACAGCAAUUGGAACAGAACCAUUCAUUUCAAAAACAAAAGUUCCCAGAAAGAAAAUGGUCUUUCUUACGUUUUUGGGAUACUGAACUUGGAAGAUGUGGUAAAGAGAAAAAGUAACAGCCAGGGCAAGAGAGAUGUCCACACUGCCAUUAUCAAGGAGUAUCUCUAUUAUCCAUCUUCACUGUGAUGGCCUCACUCUGCAGUGGGUCUUCGUCCCUGCAGUUUGUCAGGACAACAGUUGGUGUUGGAAACACUGGAUCCUGUAAAAUGUAAUCAUAGAAAAGCCCUUAAGACUCCUUUGUCAGAUAAAAUGACCAAUUAGGCAAAGUUGAAAAUAUUUUACCUGGCAGCAGCCAGAUCUCUAUGUGUAGCCCUGCCCCGUGUUGAGUCUACACAGAGAUCUGGAAUCGCUGCAGCAGAAUCUAAAGAGGGAGGGCUCUCUGGUAGAAUAUUUUUGAAUUGAUUGGAGGACGCACAAGGCUGUGCCAGCUGGCACUAGUGGGCUGCUGCCAGUAUAGGGCAUCCAUGGUGAAAUGUGAAAUCCAUGGUGUAGCGUUGCUAGCGAAGGUUCAUAGUCAAGGACGGUCAGUGAAUGCAUCAGGCAGAAGUAAAUGAGGAGGAUGAGAGCAUUGGGUGUGUCCGAAUCCAGAGGAAGGAUGCUUGUAAGAGCGCAUUUUGAGGUCGAUGACGUCACAGCGCAGCGACGAGUACUGUCCGAAUUCCAAGAAUACUCAUUUUCGCGUCCUCAAAUGCGUCCUCGCUCCACCCACAUUUCGAGGAUGGGUCUGGUGGAUCCUCACAGGAGCAAGGGUAUCCCAGCAUGCUCUGCCGCUGGACUCGACACUCACAACAAUGGCAGAUGGAGCGGGAGAGCAGUACAGCUUAAAAUGUAAGUUUAAAAAAAAAGCGGUAAAAAAAAUGAAAAUACGUGUUUGGACAUUUUUGGUUUGUUUUUUAUCUAAGAUCUAAUACCGCAAAUUUUUUUUCCCAUGUAAUUUAAGGCUAAAACAUGCCCCACCGAAAACUAGCUUGAAUGUGUAUAGGAAAAACCCACCGUAAACUAGCUUGAUCCCAGCAUGCUUUGUUAAAAAACAACAGCGGUAGAAAACUAAGCUGAAAGCGGUUCUGUUUAUAGACAUUUUUCGUUUGUAUAAAGUACAUAUUAAGCAGAAAUCAGCGAGAACGAGCUUUUAUGGUGGUCCCGUCAUAAUUCCCGUUUGUGUGUGUGUGUGUUUAUUUAGCGAAUAAAGCUUCUCAUCAUUUGUUUUAAGGUUAACACCCCACCGUAAACUUGCUUGAAUGUUUAAAGGCAGGGUACGUACGUUUUAAAUGUGAAAUAACUUUGAAAAUGUUUAAUUUUGACCAUCUGACCCAGUUUUAUUUAAAAAAGUAAAUAAUCUUUAAUAUUUAAAUUUUCUCCUUAAGUCCCUCCCCUGCCCUGUAGAGCUCAGCCAAUAUUUCUGCAAGCCUAACGCGUUGACCAAUAGCACUGCAUUACCACCAGGGGCAGCUGUCAAUCAUCGAGAACAAGCAUUAUGGGCUUGACACAUGGGAGGCGACAAACGACCGCGAUCAGCUAAAUUUGUCACCGUCGCUUUUAUUACCUGAUACACGGGAGGCGAUCCGCGGCAGCGGCAAAGCCGUCUACGCGUUCUGUUCCAUGGCGAAAUCGAAACUUCCGUUGUUUUGCUUGGCUGUGUCAGGUUGGAGGGAAUUAAGUAGGGAUGAGCCGGAUACUCGUUUCAGACGAGUAUCCGGUACGGAUGAAGCAUUUUUGACAAUACGAGCAUGAGACGAGUAAACCUCGUAAAUAUCUGUAAUCGUGCUGAAGGAAAAUCCUCAUUGGGUAACUGACUGUCUUCACGCUCUGUGAUUGGCCAGUCACAUAGAGCGCCCGCCCCUCCCUACACACAAAACUCUCUAGCCGGCCAGGAGCGCAGUCCGUCCGGCUCAUCCACGCUGACACACACAGACAGUAAUGCAUCUCGCUGUGAUUGCUUCACUGUUGCUCACGUUUCUUCAGUUUUCCCUAGGUUUUCUUCAGCUCGCCUCUUUUUCGGUUGAAUAUUUAAAGUUGAUUUUUUCGUAACUUACUGUACAUGGUGCAUUUGACAAGACAGAGCUGACGUGCUGCAUUAACUCACUACCUCCGCUCCGGUCGGGUUUUUUAUUUUUUUUAACUCCAUCUCUCUCCCUCUCACCCUCUCUAUCUCUCUCUCUCACACACACACCGUAAUCAACAUUGUUUUGUUUAACUUUGUGUGGGGCAAAAUGCCAAGAACUUUAAUAAAAAAAAAUCAGUUUAAUCAAAUUAAAAUAAAAAUAUAUAUAUAAAGUUGUCUGGUUCUAGCAUUUCAUAUUUCCUAGUUCCUACUGCAUGAGUUCAGAUGUAUUAAUCAAUGCACUUAAAUAUUAAUGUUCUGAUUUCACUGAACAACUGGUUCUGUAAUAGUUCCUUUACUAUUGUGAUCAAACAUAUUUAAUCUCAGUUCUGAGGCUGCUCUGUAAAUAGUUUUCAAAUAAACAACACACAUAGCAACUUCUGAUUAAUCCAUAUCAAUUUCAGACUUAAAAUAAUGUAUUAAUGUAAACCACACCCGCUUCUGGCUAAACCCCGCCCACUUCCGGGUUAUGCCACGCCCAUUCCGAGUACAGAUACAGAUACAGAUAAUUUAGUUGGUUGAACAGAUACAGAUACAGAUAGUGGUGUACUCGCUCAUCCCUAGAAUUAAGGUUAUUUAAGCGGUUCAGAGUUAAAACAGUGGUAGAUAUGAUGUUUCACAAGGUGCUGCUAGAGUUAUGUGAAAUCUUACUUCUGAUUUUACUAUAAAACAUAAUAACUAUCAACUUCUCCAUGUUUGCUCGGAGAUGUACGGAGCAUCCUGUCCGCUCAUUGGUCAGUGAAUGAAACCUCCGUUGAUUGGUCCUCGUCCGAGCGACAGUGAUGAAAAGUUGAAAAUGUUUCAACUUUAUGGGAUUGCGUCGCUGGGUUGCAUGUGCACGAUACGUGCACCAGCGCAAAAUUUCACACGCACGUUUUUCGCGUUUCGCUUGGUAGGAGGGAGACCUGGGAUUAUCGCUUUGUCGCGCAUGUCUCAUUGAAAAUGAAUGGAGGAGAGGCGAUGUCGCCUCCCGUGUGUCGAGCCCAUUAGCCUCACCCCUGCUUUCCACAGGAGCCGUCAGCAGCACGUUACUGCAGCAGCACGUCAUAGCUGCUGAUAGGAACCGCUGUGGUCAACAGAACCUUUUCCACUGGAGCCGUCAGCAGCGCGAGUCGGCCACGUCUCAGGAGCAGCAUGUCGCGGCCUUUACGUGCCGGUUCUAUUUUCUACGCGCGACGCCUCUGAAACGGGUCAAGUUCAACAUUUUUGGGGAAGGAAAGACAGGAAAUCAGACGCGGAAAUGGAGAGAAGCUCCCGAGAUUUUCAGAAUAAAGAAACAUACUGCCUUCCGGUUGCUGUACUUUUAAGUUACUAAAUUUGCGGCCCGUGAGAAGUUAUCACCUAGCUAGCGGUCUCCUUUUUUUUUCAGGUCCGUAUUGGCGAUUAUAAAACGGACAGAACAUAAAACACAAACCAUGUUGUAGUUUUCUCCUGCUUGUUGUUGUGUUUACUGACGAAGUCACUCGUGUGACUUCGUGCUCAGUCGGUGACAGCUGCUCCCCUGCUGCUUCGCGUCUCGUGGGAAGGGCCAAGCAGCAGUUUACGCGAGCAAGACGUGCUGCUGCAGUAACGUGCUGCUGACGGCUCCCGUGGAAAGCAGGGGUCACUCGGCUUUUAGAGGACAGCUCUGGAGCGACAAAACCCAGAAUUACCGAGUCCUCGACAGCCUUCCACAUCCCAAAAAACAUUUAAAAAGUUUAUAAGCCCUUCUUCAAAAGUGGCUGUAAGACGUUUAUGGUCGAGUCGAAUUUACAUUGGAGAUUGUUUUACACCAUGGAGAGAUUUUCGUGAUCUACGCGGCAUGAAAACGGAUGAAGACUUGGCAAAGUAUCGUUUGGACAGGUAAUAUAUUUAUUGUUUUUUGGAUAAAUUUACUUAAAAUCUUUCUUUCACUGAAAUAAGUAAUAGAACAAACAAGCUUUAUGCUUAGUGUCCUAUUGGCUAAUGUAGAAUUAGCUUGAAUGCUAAUUACUGUCUGGUUUUGUGGUUUUACCUAUGUGACUACUCCAUAUUAAAAUAAAAGGAAUGAUAAUCAGCUCGUGCAGAAAUCUGUGAAGGCUGGGGAGAAACAUUAGCUGUUGGAAAAAGACGUAUCUGACCACAAACAUAUCCAAAACACGGUCACACUGGCUGUCAGUUAGCCUGAUAUCACACUAUUUAGCCUAUUGCAGUCAUAGCAAUAAUCAAGUGCCAAAUUCAAGUAUUUUAUUAGGUUUGCCUGUUUUGAAAAAGCAAAUCAUAUUAAAAUGAGUGAUGAGCAGCUCAUGUUGAACUCAGUUGGCUGAGGAGAUACUUUACCAAUUACAAUUAGAUUUGUUUUAGCAGGAAAAUGUAAAAAUUUAAUGUGAUUUGCAUGCUCUACAUGCUACAGUCAAUUAUUUAGUAGUUUCUCUGACCUUCAUUUCAUUAUAUCUUACAAUAACAUAGAUGUGUAAACUAAGAGAUGGCUAUAUAACGUAAUAUUGUCCGCAAGGCAGCGUGCCAAUAGUCAGACACACCUGGAUUAAUCAGUUUGUCCAAUGAUGUAAGACAGGAAAUAAAAGAGCUGUGCUUAAUUCAGGAAAUAGUGAAGUUGUGCACAAAGCUCAGAAAGCACAAGUUUGUUUAAAAAAAAAUAGCACAGCCCCACCAAAAAUAUUUUUCACCAGCCGCCACUGCGAAGAAGCAAUGCUCUGGUUUUGACUCGGCUUUUCCUGCCCGUGCACAUUAGGAGGUGUGGCUUUCGGCUCUUUCAGGAAGGGCGGGGGAGUGAGCAACAGCUGUUCAAAUUUAAAAAUCUCCUCCUCUUCACCCUGCCGGUGUCAUCUUACGGACCCUGCCUUUAAUACGAAAAAACCCACCGUAAAAGAGCUUGCAUCUUAUUUAAUCAUGUAAUGAACGCCAAAAAUAACGAAAACUAAGUUUGAUUUUUAUUUAAGUAAAUUUUUAAGAAACCACAUCACUGAUUUAAUGUUUUUAAUUUCAUUUUAGGCGGAAAAAACACUCACCGUGAACUAGCUUGACUGUCUUUCAUCGCUAAUAUAUAUAUUUUUGUGCUAGGGACAUCAGAACAAACCACCACCCUCAUCAAAUUGAGAGGGCAAAACGAGGCCCUCUUCACUGGUGCUAAAAGUUCUGCCACGGUGGCAUGGAGGAUGAUCCUGGAGAAGAUGGGCCUGCAGGGGAAGAUCACCCCUUUGCAGGCCAAAGAAAAUGGGACAAUCUAAAAACUAAGUACAAAAACCAGUACCUUUAAGGAGCAUCUGUCAUUUCAUUAUGCCCACAGUGUUCUCUGUUGUUAAAUGGCACUAAAGCCUUGUAAUUCUAAUUCCCUUUGUCUUUAGGACUGCAAGUAUCCAGGGUCAGGAGUGGGAGUCAGCGGAAAGCCCACUGCUGAAACCUGGCCCUGGUUUGGUUUCAUGGAAGAGGUGUUGGGACAGAGGCCUUCCCCUAGUCCUCCGGUUCUGAUUGCCUCCAUCCCUGAGGACACACCAGGGCCAAGUGCAGCAGUGGGUGAGACAGAGGAGAGGGAGAGUGGUGAGAGGCAGCCGACAACGUCCGGGAGAAAAAGAAAGAGCAGCAGGGAUGAGGAACUCCUUGACAAGGAUGAGCUGGAUACUCGCUUCAGACAAGUAACCGGUGCGGAUAAAGCAUUUUUGAUGAAUACGAGCAUGAAACAAGUAAACCUCGUAAAUAUCGUGCUGAAGGAAAAUCCUCAUUGGGUAACUGACUGUCUUCACACUCUGUGAUUGGCCAGUCAAAUAGAGCGCCCGCUAGGGAUGUGACAAAAUAUCGUUUGGCGAAAACUCGCGAUACAAAACGUAACGAAAUGCAUCGAGGUAAAAAAAAUGGACCACGAAAUUAGACUAGGCGGCACUGCUGCAUGAUUUGUGUAGUAGUAGGGCAGGCAUACAGUCUAUGGUGACAGGCUGAUAGCACCAUCUCUGCUGACAAAGCAGGGUAAAACUAAAAAUAAAUAAAUAAAAACAUCCAAGGAACGGUGCAGUGCGUCGUGACGUCAAGUCACAGCGCAUGUUGUAACAACAACACUGCAGGCUACAGCGAGCGAACAUAUAUUAGCAUUAGCACCAAGUUGGUGCCACCAACUGCCUUGCCCCGAAAGAGCAGAACAAUGGAGUCAAAUGAGGUCGAAAUUGAGGAUGCUCCUCCUGGAUACAGGUCAUCUGUCUGGCAGUAUUUUGGCUUUCCGGUUAAAAAAGACAAUGACGGCAAUAGAGUUACGGAAAAGACCAAGACUGUGUGUAAGCUAUGCUAUGCUGUCAUUCCGUACACCACCUCCAACACAACAAACAUGAACCACCACCUUCAACGUUACCAUAAAAAUGUGAAGACGGCCUUGGCGAAAACGAGCCUACCGAAAGGACAGCUGACCAUGAAACAAGCACUGACACCAACUCUACCUCCGUCAAGUCCACGUGCAAAACAGAUAACCCGGCUCAUUGGUGAGUUCAUAGCGGACUACAUGGCUCCAUUUUACAUAGAAGAGAACAGAAAAUUCAUCCAAAUGUUCAAGGUGCUGGAGCCCAAGUUUAAGAUGCCAUGCCGGGGUCAUUUUUCAGAGAAGGUAAUCCCGGAAAUUUACAAUGAAACGAAACAAAGCGUGAAAGAGUGUCUAAAAAAUGCCGACCGCGUCGCUCUGACCACCGACAGCUGGACCUCGCGUGCAACACAGAGUUAUGUCACCAUUACGGCACAAGUCAUCAUUGAAAAAUGGGAGAGUAAAAGCUUUGUGGUGCAAACUCGUGAGCUAAGUGAAAGUCAUACUGGUGUUAACAUAGCUCAAGUGCUGAGAAAUCCACUGAGUGAGUGGGAGCUAACAAGGCCACACACAACCAUUGCUUGUGUCACAGACAACGCGAACAACAUGGACAUUGCUGUGAGAGAGAGCGGUCUCCACCCUCACAUCAAGUGCUUGGCGCAUGUUGUGAAUCUGGCCAGUAAGAGAGGCUUGGCUGUAUCCCGCGUUGCGCGCCUUCUUGGUCGUGUGCGAAGAAUAACUACAUUUUUUCACAAGAGCACCACGGCCACCGCAGUCCUGACCAACAAGCAAACCCAGUUAGAACUGCCUCGGCAUAAACUCAUCACCGAUGUCCAGACCAGGUGGAACAGCACGUAGGAAAUGCUGGCGCGCUACCUGGAGCAGCAAGCAGCUGUCUCAGCAGCGUUGAGCUGCCCAGAAAUCCGAAGGAAUGCGAGAGAAAUCGACACUCUGGAUCACACUGAUGUAUCAGAUGUAGAAGACAUAGUGAAACUGCUUAAGCCACUGAAGACGGCCACAACUGUUGUCUGUGAUGAAAAAGAGCCCACUGUUUCACUGAUAAUGCCACUGAAGUACAUGAUCGAGCAAAGCAUGUCACCAAACGGAAAUGACACACAGACCAUCGCCAACAUGAAAUCUUACUCGACAUCUCGGACCGAUGCACCGGGGACUGUAAUGACGUGCUGCAGGAGUGCACAGCGCUUGACCCACGAUUCAGAAGCCUGUCCCAUCUGAAUGAUGAACAACGUGAGUCCAUCUAUGCCCGAAUAUGUGAAAAAGCUUCAGCACUUCAUGAGCAGCGCAACCAGGUAGGCUAACUUUUAUUGGGGGAAAAAAGAGGUUUCCUGCUGCAUGUGUGUAACUGCAUGUAUGUGCAGGCCAGAGUCUGAAAACUUAUUUCUCAUGUUUUUUUAUUAGUCCAUCAGAGAGAGAGAGAAUGAGAGUGAAGGACAGAAAUGUUUAACUAGUUUUUCUAUUUUAUUUAUUUUCAGACCAGUUACACUGAUGAAAGAACCACUAGGGCCAGUGCUUCAACAUCAGAGGCAGCAGCAGAGCAGGCCAGGGUCAUGGUUGAGGCAGCACAGGGAGCAGAGCAGAGCCAGGAAGAGCCAGUAGAAGGAGAAAGGCAGAUGCAGGAUGCAACACAGCCUCCCCCACCAAAGAAGACAGUGUUGGAAGACCUCCUUGGGAGCUCCUACACUACUGUUGAGACAGUGCAGACCAGCAGAGGGAUUGAAAUGGAGAUACUCUCCUACAGGAGUGGGAUUCCCAUCCCACUCAACAGAAGUCCACUUGAGUGGAAAGUUAAUGCUUAUGCUUACCCCAUACUUGCCCCCCUUGCCAAAGCCUACCUUGGCAUUCCUGCUACAUCAGUGCCCAGUGAGCGUGUCUUGUCCACAGCAGGAGACAUUGUGUCUGCUCAAAGAUCACUGAUUACACCAGAACAUGUUGAUAUGUUAGAUUUUUUGAAGAAGAACCAGUCCUGAGAUAAGAUAAUAAAGGCCCAUAGCAGCACUAAGGGUGUUCCUGUUUGUGUUAGGCCUGUUAGGCCUUGUGUUUCCCUGUGUGCCACUGGGAAAAAUAAACAAGUAGUUAUUAUACAGUAAUAUUUUUUCCUUUUUUUUUCUUAUCUGAUAUCGUAUCGUGACGUAUCGUUUCGUGACUCAGACAUACGUAUCAAGGUGCAUCGUAUCGUGAGUUUAAUAGAUCGUCCCAUUCCUAGCGCCCGCCCCUCCCUACACACAAAACUCUCUAGCCGGCCGGGAGCUCAGUCCGUCCGGCUCAUCCACGCACACACACACACACACACACACACACACACACACACACACACACACAGACAGUAACGGAUCUCGCUGUGCUUGCUUCACUGUUGCUCACGUUUCUUCAGUUUUCCCUAGGUUUUCUUCAGCUCGCCUCUUUUUCGGUUGAAUAUUUAAAGUUAAUGUUUUCGUAACUUACGUGGUGCUUUUGACAAGACAGAGCUGACGUGCUGCAUCAGUCACUCACUACCUCGUUCCGGUCGGAUUUUUUAUUUUUUUUAACUCCAUCUGUCUCCCUCUCACCCUCUCUAUCUCUCUCAGACACACACACACCUUAAUCAACAUUGUUUUGUUUAACUUUGUGUGGGGCAAAAUGCCAAGAAUGUUAAGAAAAAAUCAGUUUAAUCAAAUUAAAAUAAAAAAAAACAAAGUUGUGUCUGGUUCUAGCAUUUCACAUUUCCUAGUUCCUAAACAUGACACGGAGAUGACUUGUUAAUGCCACAAUGUCACACCUCUGCCCUCUACAAUUAAAAGGGCCCUGUAAGCAUUGUUACACAAAGCCAGGAUUUAUUCAGAUUAGGCAUAAGAUCUUUAAACAAUAAAAAGCUUCUUCAAAGCACUAAAAGUAAGUCUAAAUGUGACAACCUCUCUUCAAAAAAUGAAUCAGUUCUCCAAAGAACCUUAAACAGCAAGAAAAGGUUCUUCAACUGAAAAGGGUUCUCCAGGGCACUCAGUGCUUCAGAGAACUUAUAAAGAACCACUUUUAUUUAGAGUGAACCUACACACAUCUUUUCAUUUUUUUAUUAUCAAAAUUAUUGACAUGGGAAAAAUUAUCAUAAGAGUUAGAUAUUUUGAGAACGAUUCAUUUUCGAUUUAUUGGCCAGCCCUACUUGCAAUAUAAAAGUAUUUUGGAGUUAUGGUAUUCUGUUCUUGCACACAAAAGUGCUCAUAUAUCUUUUUUUCAUGAAGGCUCGUGUUGAUACUUUAGAUGAUGCCAUGAGGGGGAUGCAGCUUGGCCUCAUGAUAGGCUGUGAAGGUGGUGCACAAGGUGUAGGCAGUUGUGGUGAGGUAGACCAUUGUCCUGCACAACAUUAAAGAUGUGACACACAGCUUUGCAGUGGUGGGUCAGUCAGGGCCAGCAAAGCCUUCUCUGCUGGUCUAAACGUACUCAAAAGCAUAAAUGUCUUUUUUUUUCCUUUGGUAAAUAUUUUUAAAUAAAAAAAUGUUUACUGGUCUAUUUUCUCUAUAUCCUAUUUUACCCACUUGGCCGCACUGCUUCCAGUGUUAAAAUACCAAGGUUGGGUGUUAUCCAAUCAGAUUUAAGCUAGCUUGUGUUUCCAGGCAGAUUAAGUCUGCCCUAGCCCUUCAGAAUCAAUCGAGAAGCCCGCUGUCCGCUGUAAGUGAACAGAGACGAUCCAGUUGCGAUAGCCAAUCAGCUCACGAGUCAGCGUGGCCCGGGCCAGCUAGCUGGCCUCACGCAAAAGUUGACAUGAACGCAUCCUGUGAUUGGAUAAGCAGUAGUUAGAACUUUUCUAGCGGCAUGAAGCAAAAUAUCAAAACUAAACACAGAGAUUUGUACCUAUAGGCAGCUUUCGGUGUGUUUUUGAACACAUGAUGGCUGAAAGAGGAGAAGAGACAGACUUGGUUGCAGAUGAACUUGCCACACCAUUUUCCAGACGGACCUUUCAGGAAAAAAUGGAUCUUGUGAGAACAGGUCGUCCGACUCCAACGCUAGCUGGCUUGUCCCAGCAGGGGAAAGGAUUUGUUCGUCAUUUUCAGGCUAGCAACUAUGAACGGUACCCACGGCUAACAGCUUCAGAGAACCGCUGCAGGUUAUUCUGCUGGGAAUGCCCGUUGCUCGCAUCAGAUGGAUUUGGUAGCAUUAAAGCGCGUUAAAACGUACGCCAGAAACACGACCGGGCAGACACGACUUUCAGCCUCCAUGUCCAUAGAAAAGGAUCCACUCAUGGACCUGAAGCGCACAGGUAAACUGUACAGAGCCACUGAGGUUUUCCUCAGGAAAGACAGAAGGAUGGAUUUUAUUUUCUAAUGAGCAGGAGAGAAGGAGAUCCAUGCUGGACAAUUAUGAUGGUGAGUAGAAACAUUUCAUUAGUAUUUUUUAAUGUUUUGCCAUUUUAUUUUGUUAAUAAUCAAUAAAUGGUAACGAAAUAAAAUGUCUAACUGAAAUUAUUCUGUGUUCUGUUUCUAUGCAAUUUAUAUUGUGUUUGACGUGGUGUAAGCUGCUGCGUCAACAUUGUUUUGCGGUUCAAUUUUCUCCAAAACAAUUGCAAAUAAUGUGUUUGCUUUACUUAUUUAUUUUAUUGUCUCAUCUCUUAAACCCGUCUUUCAUUUUUGAGAUUCGACAGUAUCUGUGGUCUUAGUUUCCUACUCUCAAUUGGGAAUGCGAGUUUGAUUUUAAAGGCUCCGGAAAUUACUUGUCUUGACCAGCCAUUGGUGUGUGUGUGUGUGUGUGUGUGUGUGGUUUCUUCAGCUGUGAUGUCCUAUUGAUGGUAUUUUAAGGUGUAUUAAAUUAGAUUGGACUGAACAGGAAAUCACUGAAGGCCCAGGGGUGGAACGCACCGCCUGCCACUGCAGCUUUGCCAUGCUUAUGGGCGUCAUCUGUGUAUGUAAACAUGUUUAUUUCGACUGUGAAAAUGGUAUUUUUAACAUGGGAGCCAAUGAGGAUCUGCUCACUUCUGCUGCCAGCCCCUAGUGGAUGAAUGUGAAACUGCAAUUUUAGCCACUCCUUGUUGGCUUCAUAUUUGCUGCAGAAUAGUGGGGGUCUAACUCGAAAUAAUAUGGAAUAAUUAUGAAGGCUGAGCUUGACUCAUAUCGUAGAAUUAAUACAGCCUGGAAACGUGAAUUAGAUGUGGAAGCCCAUGCUGUAGUUCUUUUUUUAAACACAGAGCAGUUUUGUUUACCUGUUUUCAAAACUGCUCUGUGUUUUAAAAAAGAACUACAGCAUGGAAUUAGAUACGACAAAGCAAGAACACACCUAAGAUGUGGAAUCCAUGUAGCAUUCGUUCUAUUUUCAAUUUAAAAGAAAAAAUCAAAAAAGAAAAAUUGAUUUAUUAUUUUUUUAAAUAAAUUUAAAAAUAACAAAAACUUUGUGCUUUUCGUAUAUUACAUUUUAGUCUGAGAUCAAAUAUAAGAAAUGGAAAAACGGUCGCAGAACCGAAUUUGAUUUUAAUACAAUGGAAUAGAGCUCCGGACCCCACGUGACUCUCAGUUAGUAGACGCCAUUUUGGCUGGUAAAAAAAGGUAAACAAACACAUGAACGUGAACGGGAUCAGCUUGGAUUUUACUUCGUCGGAGUUUACUUCACUCUUUAAAACCGAAGAAAUCGUUUUAUAUAGUCAGAAAUUAAAUAGACUAAACAUCGCCGACCCUUACCGUGCCCCUGGGAUACUUUUUAAAAACACCAGAAGCUGUCGGAGCGAACUUCUUACCAGACCUGGCCGGGGAACCCCUUGGGAUUUCCCCGGAGGAGCUGGCCCUAGUGGCUGGGGGAGGGAAGUCUGGGCCUCUCGACGCUACUGCCCCCGCAACCCGACUCCGGAUAAGCGGAUGAAAAUGGAUGGAUGGAUGGAUGGACAAAUAACAGAUUUACAUGUAAGUAGUUUAAAUAGAGUGCUGUGCUGUUUGAAUGUAUAAACUGAACACCAAGAAAAAUCACUAGUCUGAUUUUUUUCCGUGAAUAAAAUAAAAAUGUCAGGCAGGAGCGUCUCAGGAUCUGUCUGAGAUCUGUCUCGGUGAGACGGAUAAUAGCAAUCCAAAGUGCUUUUUAUGUGUGAUCUGACAAUUGAUCAACCAUUGCUUAAAAGUGAAAUACAGCUUAGCCGGUUAAUUGCUGUCAUCAUAAAACACGUAAACGGCAGCACGCAGAACUCACGAGGCAACGUUUUACGUGAUGUUUACUUGUUGCUGUGAUUAAUAAGACAGAAAAAGCCCCGCCAAAAUAAGUUUAGGAAGCCCACUAAGAAUCGUAAUAAAAGCGUUUAAAAUAAAUACCACACACAGUUGAGGAAACGUUGGUUUAAGUACCUGAUGUGAAGUGGUCGCUGCAUAAGUGAAAACCUUUACUCUCGGGAUCCCACAGCUUCAUUUUAGCCCGGUCACUAGCGCGUUUUAUUACAACGAUCCAACGUUUGUGACGCUCCGGAUCUUGGGGAAUCCUGUAGAUGGCUCAUCCCUUGACUUGUCCCUGUCUGUUCUGGCAUCCUGGGGCACAACAGGAAUCGACCAUAUUUCCCGUGUGAGAUUUAUGACUACAAAUAGUCCAGCUGCGGGCUUCUGCCUGCCAAAAUGGUGCCGUUUCGAUUUGAACUGUUGCAUGCUGGGAGAAGUGACGUCAACUCCUGGAGCUCUAUAGAAUAGAAUGGAAUAGAAUAGCCUUUUAUUGUCAUUGUACAAAGUACAACGAAAUUGGAGUGCCACUCCCAUUGGUGCAAAAUCCCCCCCCCCCCAAAAAAGAAGAAUAUAAACAUAAAAAUAUAUAAAAACACAGUCAAAGGGUGUACAAAAGCAGCCGAAUAAAUAUAGUAACAGCAUAUGGUGUAUCAUUUGUUAUUGCACAAGAUCAGUGUAUAUGUACACAGUUCCUCUCCAGUUGUUUUUGUAUUUAUGUACAAUGGUGAUUGCCCUGGCAAAGAAACUAUCCCUGAAUCCCGUGUCCGGCCCAGCCCGAGGGGGUGGAGCCCCAGCCCGACCCGGUCCGAGAAGGUUUUCAGGAUUCUCUGGUCCGACCCGAGCCCGACUUUUUUUUAACCUUUCAUAAUGUUUUAGCGUGAGAGAAUGCUCAGCGCUCUAAUUAUCUGUGGGAAACGUUCUGCAGUAAAAAAGAAAAGAAAGAAAAGACAGAAAAACAGAAUCAAUGCAGCUUUUUUCCCCAACAGAGCGUAUUUUUCGAGCGGCAGAUGAAAUUUACAAACACUAUAUGAAUUGGAUGUGUAGCUGCCAGCUGAGCAGCUGAUGGCAAUGACCCUUAAUUGGCUCACAGAAUUAAUAUAAGCCACACCCUUCCAGAGAAAACUGCUUGGGUUAAGUUGUUUGUAGAGAAUUUAACACUGUUUGAAGUAUUGAAAUGAUGUCUUUAGCCUACAUUCACCUCAGCUGCACAUUGCCGACUGCAUCCCCACGUAAGUUUUGCUGUAUUGACGCUUUUGUUUGGGUUUGACACUCUGUAGUCAUUGUUUGUUUUUCUUGUCCAUCACCGAGUCAAAUCUACAGAUAAAGCAGCUUUAAGGAAUUAUUGUUUUGUUUAGCACCCUUGGCCAGCGGAGCAAGGUAAAUGUGAGAAUAUAAUCGAUUUCUGUUAUGACAUUGAAGUUGUGUUCACCUUUUAUUUAUGCUUCGUGUAUCACUACACAGUUUUCAUGGUGCAACUCAUGGAGUGAAGUCCAAGGCAUUGGACCAGAGAAACUAAUAAAAGUUUAUGCACCCGUCGAGGCUCUCCGUUCUUUUCUUCAUGGUGCCAGGGGCAGCUACAGGAUGCGUUUGUAAAUUUAAUCUGCUCUGAAAAUGCGCUCUUGUGCAAUUAGAAAAAAAAGCAGCAUUCAAAUUUUCUAACUGCAGAGCGCAUUUUCAGAGCGGCACAUUAAAUAAAGGCCCCCAAUUAAUAUAGCGUUUUUAAAUUUAAUCUGCCGCUCUGAAAAUGCGCUCUCCAGUUAGAAACAACCAGCAAUGAAUGCUGUAUUUUUUUAACUGCAGAGCGAAUUCAUUCACAGAAAAAUAGAAUGCUGCCGUUUUCAUGAGAAUGAACGAAUGGUUUCUGACAUCACAGUGGACAUAAAAUGGCGUAUUAGAAUAGGGGCACAUGUUUCAAUCAGCAGUUAGAGAAUUCGUUUAUAUCGGCGCAUUUAUAAACCACACACACCUUAACUGAGCUAACGGUGCCGGUGCGUGAGAAGCAGGCAGGUGCUGCUGCGUUCAAGUGUUUCAGUUUUUUUUUCAUGAAUUCAAUUAAAAAUAAAGGCGCCCGUGUCCGUGUCCGAGGUAAUUACACAGUCGUUGGCCCAAAGCCCAGCCCGAGGGC